UUGAUGCCCUAGUUGCCCCAAUGUACAAGCUGUAUACUUUAUCUAGACGCAGGGAGACGGCUUCGCUUUAGCUCCCCAGUCCUAAAACCCUAUUUCCGAACGGGUUGACUAAAACCCUAGUAAUUGGUUCAAGUGGUGUUGUUCGGUCAGUUUUUGUGUUUCCCUACAUCUUCUAUACCCUUCUCUGAGAGAUUCAAAGUGUUGUAGUGAUGUCUGACGAAGAAUUGAAGGAGGAGAAGGAGUUAGAUCUCACUUCCCCCGAAGUCGUCACCAAAUACAAGAACGCAGCUGAGAUCGUCAAUAAGGCAUUGCAGCUGGUAUUAUCAGAAUGCAAACCGAAAGCUAAGAUUGUAGAUAUAUGUGAGAAGGGAGAUGCUUUUAUCAGGGAGCAAACUGGGAACAUGUACAAGAAUGUUAAGAGGAAGAUCGAGAGGGGUGUCGCCUUCCCAACAUGUAUUUCCGUAAACAACACCGUUUGCCACUUUUCUCCGCUUGCCAGUGAUGAAACUGUUUUGGAAGAAGGUGAUAUGCUAAAGAUAGACAUGGGUUGCCACAUUGACGGGUUUAUUACUGUUGUUGCGCACACUCACGUCCUAAAGGAAGGGCCAGUGACAGGUAGGGCAGCUGAUGUUAUGGCAGCUGCCAAUACGGCUGCUGAAGUUGCUUUGAGGCUCGUGAGGCCUGGAAGAAAGAACAAGGAUGUUACAGAUGCUAUUCAGAAGGUUGCUGCUGCGUAUGACUGCAAGAUUGUUGAAGGUGUUCUCAGUCACCAACUUAAACAGUUUGUGAUUGAUGGAAACAAAGUCAUACUGAAUGUAUCUAGUCCGGAGACCAGAGUUGAUGAUGCAGAAUUUGAGGAAAAUGAAGUCUAUGCAAUUGAUAUAGUCACCAGCACCGGUGAUGGUAAGCCCAAGCUGUUGGAUGAGAGACAAACAACAAUUUACAAAAGAGCUGUUGACAAGAAUUACCACUUGAAGAUGAAAUCCUCCAGGUUCAUCUUCAGUGAAAUAAAUCAGAAAUUCCCUAUCAUGCCAUUUUCAGCAAGGGCUUUGGAGGAGAAGAGGGCCCGGCUGGGAUUAGUGGAAUGUGUAAAUCAUGAUCUCUUGCAGCCAUACCCUGUUCUUCAUGAGAAACCUGGUGAUUUUGUUGCCCAUAUUAAAUUCACAGUUUUGUUAAUGCCGAAUGGGUCAGACCGCAUCACAUCCCAUGCUCUGCAGGAGCUGCAGCCCACAAAGACAAUAGAUGAUGAUCCUGAAAUCAAGGCCUGGUUAGCUCUGGGCACAAAGACAAAGAAGAAAGGUGGUGGGAAGAAGAAGAAAGGGAAGAAGGGUGACAAGAUUGAGGAGUCAGCUGAAGCCGAACCUAUGGAUGUGUCAUCAAAUGGUGCUCCAUUGCAGGAAUGAGUUUUUUUUUUCCUCCAAUUUUGGUACCCCUUUUUUUAAACCGUGUAUUUGCUUGCUUAUAAGUUAAUUAGGGCUACGACCCUCUCUGUUGGGUGUGUGCGGUGAAAAGAUUCUGAUGCACACAUGCAUGUUGUUCCCUGUUCCUGUACCUGUUACAUUUUUCAUUGGUAACAAUGGGGAAACAAAGAGAUGCAUCUAUAUUUUCCUCACUUCUGUUGGCUCUCUGGAAUAAACCCAUAAAAAUAUUAAGGUAUA